UUCUCCCCGUCCACGUUGGUUCCGGGAGGAAUUAGCAGGAACAUGAUCAAGAAAGUGUUGGCCGGACUGUUGUGUGGCGUCGCCCUGCUGACCGCCGGCAUCCUGAUCGGACACUACGGCAUCGAGAAGAGCGGCGGCUCCACGUCUGCGUCCUGGGUGAACGACGUGGGCCGAGAUGUGGAUGAGAAGAUGCUGGAGGAGUUCUUGUCCCAGGUGGACAACAUCCACAUCCAGGAGAACCUCAGGGCGCUGACCAAAGUGCCGCACAUGGCGACCACGGCGGGAGACGAGCAAACAGUCCAGUUGAUGCUGAAAAGAUGGCAGGACCCUGACAGUGGUCUGGACCAGGCCUGGAGGGAGGAGUACAUGGUCUAUCUGUCCUUCCCUGAUCCUGACAAACCAAACCAGGUCACCGUGGUGAACGCCUCCAACAGCGCCCUGCACACGGCCAGAGAGAAGGAGAAGGCUUACACUGCGGACCAAAACCAUCCUGAUGUGGUUCAACCUUACGCCGCUUACUCGCCUGCUGGGCACGCUCGGGGAAAACUGGUGUACGCCAACUAUGGGAGAGUAGGCGACUACAAGCUACUGAGCCAGAAUGUGGACCUCAAAGGCACCAUCGCCAUCACAAGAUAUGGCGGCGCGGGAAGAGCAGACAAAGCCAUCAAUGCGGCCCCUCAUGGUGUCAUUGGCGUGCUGGUCUACACUGACCCCGGGGACAUCAACGAUGGUUUCAUGUCGGACAUCAAUGAGACGUACCCACAUUCCUGGUACAUGCCGCCUUCUGGCGCCGAGAGAGGCUCGUUUAAUACUCAUUAUGGCGACAUGCUCACCCCCUAUUUUGCUGCCAAAGAGGACACAUACAGACUUCCGGUGGAGAACAUCACAGGGAUCCCGCCCAUUCCUAUUCAGCCAAUCGGCUUUGAGGAUGCCUACGCGCUAAUCUGUGAGCUGGAUGGAGGACCAGCGCCACAAGACUGGCAGGGAAGUUUCAACUGCACCUACAACUUGGGGGGUCCUGGGUUUAGACCCACGUCUGCCUUUGCCAACAGUGAUGUGAAGUUGGACGUCUACAACUAUGAGGAGGUGAAGAACUCCUCCAACGUGAUGGGCGUCAUCAGGGGCAGCGUGGAGCCUGAUCGAUACGUGAUCUAUGGGAAUCACCGAGACAGCUGGGUGCACGGCGCCAUCGACCCGAGCAGCGGCACGUCUGUCAUGCUGGAACUAAGUCGGGUUCUUGGCCAGAAGGUGAAGCGAGGAACAUGGAGGCCUCGCAGGUCCAUUAUAUUCGGGAGCUGGGGAGCCGAGGAGUUUGGCCUCAUCGGCUCGGCAGAAUACACGGAGCAAUACUUCACCAAGCUCAGUGAACGCACCGUGGCCUACAUCAACGUGGACAUCGCCGUUUUAGCCAAUGCUUUUCUGCGGGCGUCGGGAAUGCCGUCGUUACAGAAGGUCAUCUUCACAGCUGCUAAGCAGGUCAAGGCUCCUGGUCAGGACUCAAUGUCCGUGUACGACAAGUGGAUCCAGUAUGCCAACAGAACCAGUCCCGUUCACGGACCCAUUCCUAGAGUCGGCUACCUGACAGGAGCAGGAAGUGACUACGCUCCUUUUGUCCAUCACCUGGGGAUCACGUCCUUGGACCUUUCCUACACUUAUGACAGGACAAAAACCAAGGCUAGGAUUUACCCUGCGUACCACACAGCGUACGACACUUUUGACUACGCCUCAAGAUUCAUCGAUCCUGGGUUCUACGCCCACCAGGCCGUGGGCAGAACUGCAGGCAGCAUCUUGGUGCGCCUGGCCGACAGUCUGCUGCUGCCCUUCAGCUGCAGCGACUAUGCUGAGAGUCUGGAGGACUACCUGCACGUGGGGCUGGACUUGUAUGAGGAAAAACUACACGCUCAGCAUAUCUCCACGGAUCCGCUAAAGAUAGCAGUGGCCAACUUCCGCAAGGCUGCAACGCAUUUAGAUCAAGUCAUCAGACGCUCUGACUUGGCUAAUGAAACGCCACUGAAGGUCCGGAGGAUCAAUGAUCAACUUAUGCUGCUGGACCGAGCCUUCUUGAACCCUCUGGCCUUCCCAAACAAAUAUGGUUACAGACAUGUCAUCUGGGCCUCGAGCGACAGCGGCGCGGCGACAUUCCCCGGUCUAAGCGACGCGUGCUCCAGAGCCAUGUCAUCAGACAAGCCCAGCGACUGGGCUGACGUCCAUUACCACGUGUCGGUGGUCAGCCAGGCCAUAGAGGGCGCCGCAUACAUGCUGCUGGACGUCAUAUAGACGAAGAAGAAGCAGCUCUGUACUGUAAAUGCACCGUAAUCACUUCAACCACUUCCUGUAUGAUGUCAUGUGACAGGAAAAGAGAUUUUCUACUAGAACUACCCUAAUAAAAUGAUUUUAACAUUUCUUUCAAUAACUGUGGACAUGCAG